AUGGGUGAGGAACAGGACGCAGUUGCGUCUCUGGGGGAGAUGGGCAUCCCUGAGGAUGUGGCGCUGGACGCGCUGCGGCGGGCGAAUGGGAAUCUUAGUGCUGCUGUUAAUUAUAUAUUCUCGAACGAUAUGCCGGCAGGCGAGCAUGUGGAACUGCCGCAGCCAAGGGAGAGCUCGGACUUGAAACCGGGGGAUUUGGACCAGGUUCUCAGAGAAUCUCAGCGGACGGGUCCUCAACUGAACCAGUUGGUGCAACUCGAUUCACACCCAGCUGCGGACACAAAUGACGAAGACACAGGCGGCAAUAUUUACCUCGAUGAGGACGAUAACAUCGAAGUGGGCUCAGUGCAGUUGAAUGAAGUGUCGCCCGCGACCUCCAUUCCCCCGAAUAGCGAUAUAGGCUCGUCGCCGGACGACGGUACGGGUGACCCACCAGAGUACGGGGGUUGUAAAGUACCCGCUGCAGAAGAGGGAGCUGAACGACCCGACAGUGGUGCUGCCCCUGCCGCCGAACGCUAUGCUACAAACUACCUUGUGCUGUUCGCGUUUGCAGUGGCCACGUACGCUCCCCUACAGUUUGUGCAACAGGACUUCAAGAACUUGAAUUACGACGCUGAAUGGUACGCGGGCGAUGCCAUCCAGCAACCUCUGUGCAUUGUCUCCGAUGUGGGUGCAGACGGUGGCUCCAGACAGAUUGUGCCCGAGGAGGAGGUCACCAGCGAUACGCCCGUACAACCGGAGAUGCUCUGGCAGUUGCAACGGGUGAUAUCCGUGUGCCAUUCAAAGUUAUCUGAACGCUCAUAUGUCUCCGCGAAAGUGUUCACGAAGGUGUUCGACACGGAGGUAGAGAGUUGCAUCCGCGACAGCGACCAUCUGUACGAGGCACUACCGAGCUUCAUCAAAUCGAUAAUAAGAGACGCGGAAAUGUGCCCUGCACAGCACUCCAACACUGACGUCAAAUCCAUGUUCCUGUCGAGCGCAAUCCAAGACGCAGAGCAAGGCGCGGAACCAGAGGAGACGUUUCUCUUCCUGUUCCACUUCCCACCAGAGGAGUACAAUGCAAACUUGUACAAGAUGUUCAACGCACUGCUGUAUCCGGAGGAUGACACCAUCGACGACAACAGCAGCGACACGGACAGCAGCAACGACACGGACGUGCAAGUGGAGGGAUCCCUGAAGGAGCUUGCGCCUCUCUUGACCAUAAUAUUCAACGAGGCGGACCCGGGACAACUCUCAGCGGGCGCACAAGACACGUGUAUCAACUCGCCUCAGGGGGUUGAAGUCCCAUUUAGCUUCUACCCGCAACUAUACACGAGGGAGGUCAAGGAGCAGGUGGUCAAACCCAUACUGCGGCAACGGAAGGCCGCACGUGCAGAGUUGAGACAAUGUCUCGCGCGGAUGAACCAGCUCAAGAGCUACGAGGGGAAGGGAUGUUGCGCUUUUCUUGAACAGUACGCUGAAGUACUUGCAGGCAGACCUUGCGUCAGCGCAGUCCGAUCUAGAACGAAGAAUGAGAUGAAAGAGGUUAUACAGAAAGUGACCAGUAUCAAGUUGCAACUGAAUGAAGAAAGGGCCAAAUUGAAGAAACAGUACGUCGACCUCUCAAACAAGCUUCAAAACGAGUGGAACAUUUCCAACCCGGAACGCAAAGUGAUUGGCGAGGCCAAGAGACUGGGACUACUGGACAAACCGCACCUUCUCUCCAUGGUCGUACUCUCCCCGUACUUCUACCUCAUGAGGGAUUCGUCUGGCGGGUCAGAUUGGACCCUGGUCCAAAGCAACUCUUACGGCACCGAUGGACUCAUCACCAAACAUGUUACGGAGGAGAAAGUGCAGCAGUACAUACGAGACUGCACCAAGACUGCGAAUGACAACCCACUCAUGUUCAUUUACUGCCGGGAGGACUUCUUCGUGUCCCAGGAGGAGACGUGGUCUGCUAUCGAGAAAAACAUGGGAUGUAGCGAAUUCAACAAGGCGGAUCAACUGUACUUGCUGACACACAGAGAGGACAGGAACGAGUAA